AUGAAGGUUGGAGAGAAACAUGUGGUGGAAAAACAUGUUGCGGCUGGCCACAAAGAUGUCGGAGGAAAGUUUGUCUCCGACAACCCCGUUGUAGGGUUGGUGCAAAGUGCACCUGCCAGUCAACAGGCCUUUCUGCAUAAGGGCUCGGCGAAGGAGAGCAAACUGAAAGAAGAACUUUUGCAGGUACAGCGUGACUUAUCGGUAGAGAGGGAGAAGAAUAAGUCCACCGCUGGGGACAUUGCCAAGCUUGACGAUGCCCUACUUGACGUCAAAGAAAAGUUCAAACGUGCUGUGGAUAAAACUAUCGCCAAUACCACCACUAUUACUAACCUUAAUGCCGAGUUGGCGGCCCUGAAGAAGGAGAUGGCUGAGAGGGAAGAUACCAUCGCUCAGUUGCAGGAGGCGCUUACCGCCAAAGAAAAGGAGUUGGCGGACUUCCAGUCUGCUUGGCAGGAAGAGAUGGCUAAGCUAGCGGAGGACGAGAGGGAGAUGGUGCGCCUAAAGGAGGUUAACGCUUUUAAGAAGUCAGUAGAGUUCAAGGAACUUCUGACGGAUGCUGGUAAACAAGGUGUUGCCGCCAACUUUAAUGAGCUCGAAGAUAGCGGCUACUUGAACUAUGACAAGAAACUAGCUAAUCGAGCCCCUCCAGAGUCCAUGCCUGGCGAGGAUGUCGCUGCUGAGGAUGUUGAGGGAUCUGAAGAUGGCGGUUCCUUAGAAAGUGGCUCUUCUGAUGGUAGUGAAGAGAGUGGUUCUUCUGGAGAAGAUGACGCGAGGUCCAAUGGUAAUCCUGAGACUCCGACGCCGACAAGUAAAGCUGAGAAGAGAAAGAUGGGUACUCGUCAGCUUCUGGAGAAACGUCGUCGUGGUGAUUGCGUUUCGGGGUCCUCCUUUCAGGCCGAGCAAGAUUAG